CCAAGUUAUAUUAAUUAUCAAAAUUGAAGACAAAUAUUAAAUUACUGAUAGUUUCACUACCAUCGAUUAUUUACUUAAGCUAUACUGCGAUGUUAUGUUAUCAUUCAAUUCUUAUUGGUAAAGUGGUGAAAGAAAAUGAACAGUAUAAAAACUGAGUCUGACGAUUUAAUAUGCCGCGGCUGCCUCAGCACGGACCGCCAGCUCUCUCCUUUAGCGAACUAUGACAUGUUUCUUAGUUUAUUGGUCGAAAAACAGAGGACCGAGGCAUUGAGUAAGCCAUAUAUACUUAUAUGUUGGGAAUGUAAUGCGACUUUGAGGAGAUUCCAGUUGUUCCGAGGCCAGGUGCGGAGGGCCCAUACGGUUCUCGAAGAAUCAUUAACACUUCCAACAAAAAACACAUUAUCCUGUCUCAGCAUUAGAAUUAAAGAUAAAUAUGAUGCUUGUUUUGAAUACAGUCAACGUCUAGGAGGGAACCCUUAUUUUAAAACCCCCUCACUAGAGUCCAUCAAACAUGAAACACCUAGAAAUGAAACGGAAACAGACAAUGAUAACAUCAAAAUAGAAAAAUCUAUCAAUCUUAGUGAUAAGAGAAUAAAUGUUCCUCCUAAAAAAAGAAAAAUAAAAAAUAAAACUAUAGAAAAGAAGAAAAGAAAAGUAAAAACCGAAGAACCUUUAGUAACCGAUUUGAAAGUAGAUAAAAGUAAAAAGAAAAGCAAAAAGAAAGAUAAAAUUAAGCAAGUAGAAAUUGAAGUUUGUAAUGUAAAUGAAAAUCAAGCAGACAAAGUAGAAGUAAAAGUAGAAAGAGUUAGUGAUGUUGAAGAGAAUCAUUGGAUGCACAAUGCUUUUGACGAUGAACAGCAUGUAACAGAUGACAACUAUGAUUCAGACUAUAGCUAUAAAGAUGGUAAAGAAAAGAAAGAAUAUAAGAAGAGAAUUCUCACAUUCAAGAAAACAAUUGUAGAUUAUCGUGAAGAUGUUUCAAAGUAUUUUACAGAAGUUGAAAUGGGUGAAGAAGAAAUGAAAAAUGUUUUGGAAAAGCAAGUUGAGCUUGUGAACAAGGCGAAGCCGUACCAAUGUGAGUUUUGUGGACUCAGUUUUAAACAGAAAAAGACUUUGAAUGGUCAUGUCAGUCAUAGACAUAGAAAGGCAAAACACAAAGAUGAAAUUAAAAAGGAGCCAGACGAGACACACAAUCGUUUCUUCCUCUACCGCUGCUACUACUGCCACAGAAUGCUACGGAAGGAGCACACACAGUCGCACCUGCAUGAGUACCACAGACAUAAGUACCAGUGUGUGGGCUGCAGCUGGUCGGAGGCUUUCUUCUGGAACAAAGAAGAUCAUUCGUACCACUGGCAGACGGUGCAUGCGACGCUCGUAUGCGACAUCUGUCAGCAAACCAGGCGCAACGCGCACGACAUGGAGCGCCACAUGAGAGCCAGUCAUCUCCCAAUAAAAUGUCCGCAGUGUCCGCGCGUGUACUCCAAGUGGAAGUACUACCGACAGCACCAGAAGUUGGCGCAUCCAGUGCUGGCGCUGGAGCCGCCGGAAACCAGGUACUGCGUGGAGUGCGACAUGCAGUUCCCUUCCAUCAUGGCGUACAAGAUGCACGUAAUGAACCAGCACCGCAACACGCCCAAGAAAAGAUGGCCGUGUCCGGCGUGCAACAAGACACUGAACAACAAGGACACUAUGAAGAAACACUACGCCCUGUUCCACAGCGACAAGACCAGCUAUCAGUGCCCACACUGCGGCAAAUACUUGUCUUCGAAGUGCUCACUCCAGCACCAUCUCAACUCGCACCUCAACAUCAAGCUCCCCAAGGACAAGCUGUGCUCCAUCUGCGGCCGCGGUUUCUCGACGAAGCGCAUGCUCCGCUUCCAUACGUACACGCACACGGGCGAGCGGCCGUACGCGUGCGCGCACUGCCCCGCCGCCUUCACGCAGCCCAACCCGCUGCGCGUGCACUCCAGGAAACUGCACCCGCAUCUGCCGCUCAACCUGCAGCCGCAGAAAGUUCACCAAUAAAUUAUAA